CGAUUGCCUGACUGGGCCGAAAUCUGAGAAAACUCAGAAUUUUCAAAAUUCACCAAACAACACAAAAUGGAAACCAUGGGCGAGAUUAUCCCAUUUGCUAAGGAAAUGCUGAACCAGAAGCCCAACCGGGGCAUGCUGAAGAUCUACAUGCUUGGCUCCACUCUGGCCGUGCUUGGAGUGGUUGGUGGACUGCUGGAAACGGUUAUGCUGCCCUUUUCGGAGUAUGACACUGCCGAGGACACACCAGUAGAGUUGGUGAUGGAGGAGAAGAAGGAGAAGAAGCAGGUGCUGAAGUCGCACACUACCUUGACUGGCUCUGAUGUUGCGGACGUGCUGGAGACAGUAGGGAUCGAGGCGAAGGCCAAACAUCUUGUGAUCACUGGGCAGAGAAGCUCAGCCAACCGCUUAUAUGCCUCUUAAAGAAACCCUCAUCUCUUGAUGCAAAAGGACACUGCAGAUACAAUAUUGAUGGCAACAGUGAUAAAUUAAAUCACGAUGUUGAA